AUGGACCGAUGGGUAGUUGUUGUGAGCGGCGCCGACAUGAACGAGGAGCUGUGCAAGGUUCUUGAUACGCACGCCUCCUUCCAAGCAGCCGCAGAUGACUUUAUUCAAAUGAAAUAUACCGUCGCGCCCGAAAUUGGCGAUCAUCCAAUCGAGGCAUUUGUGAUUAGUGGACCGCUCACAUGCAGGCUGAGCCUAAUAUUCCUCGAUGUUGUAGACGAAAUCAGGACCGCCUUCCCUGAGAUCAUGCCAUCGCCUCCUUUACCGGGUGGUCGGAACGGGGACUACCUGAAGACCAUAGUUGAAUUCGCAUUCUCAGUCGCCAAGAGCAGUACCAUUCUGAGUCUUGUGCCGGGCGUGUUCAAACCAGAUCAUCGCUACUUCGUCGUGAAGCUCAUGAUACCACUGAUUCAAGAGCGCCUCGCCAAGUUGCAAGGCGCCGACAACGAUCAGUUUGACAAGUCGUAUGACUAUCUCACAUGGCUUAUCGAGGAGGCACAGAAGAGUAAAUCGAACCCCAAUCUUGUGCUUGAGGCCAUCCUGGUCUAA